CCCCCCCCAGGCUACUGAUAAAUGGUUAAAAAAGGAAAGAAUAAGCAUCGAAUAGACUAUAUCCACUGUACAGUAGAUGAUAAACUGCUCCAAAUAAGCAAUAAAAGAACGUCUUCUGAGCUUUCUCUUGUCGAUGUAUGGUCCAUAAAGAUACAACCACAUGAUUCGCCAAAGGUGCUAGGUUUGAUACGGGAUAUGAGCAACGAUGAUCCACAUCCCUUACAACAUGUUAAGCGACUACAAAAACUGGAAGAUGGUCUACUGACGGUGAUAUUGUGCAGUGUCGAUUUGGCCUCACGUGAAGAAGUAGUAUCGCUUCUUGGAGAAAAGGGACUUGGAAUCGAAACCAUCGAGGUGAGACAAGUCCCAGCACAUUGUCCACCCACAAAAGAUAUGGCUUUGGAAUGGGGUAAACUCUAUUGGCCAUUGGUAUGGAAGGGCAAUCCAAACGAUCAGAUUCUUAACGAAAUGGUGUUUAACUUUGACCACAUACGUUCUGAUUUGCAGUUAAUAUGUACAAACUCUUCGAAAUGUUGUGAACAGUUGCCCAUUUCCACAGUUAUUGUGGAUCCGCUAACCAACGCUGUCAUUGCAUCUUCUAAUGAUGAAAGGCAUAGACACCCUUUAGACCAUAGUGUGAUGAGAUGUAUCCAGUUGGUGUCUGAAUAUGAACAGCAGAGACGUGAAAGUAUCGAUGAUCCUUCUGAUCAUCACUACCUGUGUAACAAUUAUCACGUUUAUACGACACAUGAACCUUGUACUAUGUGUGCAAUGGCUUUGAUCCAUUCAAGAAUAGCGAGGUUGUUUUACCUCAAACAAAGUCCAAAGACUGGUGCGCUGGAUCCUGAGUCCGGACCUGGUUACACCAUCCAUGAUCAUAAGCUCUUGAACUCCAAAUUUGAAGUCUUCAAAUGGAUUGGAGAUGAAUAUCAAGUCGCUGACCUGGAUGAAAAUGUCAAUGCAUAAUAGUAGAUUCCAUU